GGCCCUUAUUCACGUUUCUUGAACUAACAUCAUAAAAUCUCGGACACUGGACAGGAUAAAAUUGAAAUAACCUUCUCUAACAGGCUUUGAUGUGUUAAAAUUCCUGCGUAGCUUUAAAAUGAACCCCAAAAGUCCUGAGGCUAGAAAUAGAGACGACAGGCCUUUUGAUGGAAUGAUCAUAUCAGAUUCAAAUUGCCUUAACACAUUAGACAGUCGGAGUUCCUGCCCCAUUUGCGGCAAGUCCCGGAUGUAUUUUUGCUACACAUGUUUUGUUCUCGUAUCAAACCUUGAAGGGAAAGUGCCAUUCUGCAAAUUGCCAAUAAAGGUGGACAUAAUUAAACACAAGAGAGAAAUAGAUGGUAAAAGUACAGCAGCUCAUGCAGCUGUUUUAGCUCCUGAAGAUGUUAAUAUUUAUACAUACCCCAAUGUGCCCAAGUAUGAAAAUGAUGGCCGAACAGUGCUCUUGUAUCCAGGUAGUGAAGCUAUUUCUGUGAAUGAGCUGUUUAUGGAGAAACAAGAUUCUUUAUCUUACUCUGAAUAUGUUCUUUCUCAAUUACCACAUGGAUACAAUGUGGGUACAUUGAUGACACGAAUAUUCCCAAAGAACAGAGAAAACUCUAAAAAUAUAUACCAUUCAGAGAAACUACCUGUGGACCGUGUAGUUCUUAUAGACAGUACAUGGAACCAGAGCCGUGGGAUAUAUGGAGAUGAAAGAUUACACAAGCUACCCAAAAUAGUUCUACAGAAACGGGCCUCGGAAUUCUGGCGUCACCAGAAAGGAAGUCCUCGGUGGUACUUAUCUACGAUUGAAGCACUCCACCAACUUGUACUUGAGCUUCAUGUAUCUGCUUGGGGCGUCAGUGAAAAUUACAAAAAUAAUCUCACUGCAGAAUUUCCUGUUCAUGAUUGUACAGAAAAUCAUACACAAUGCACACCUUAUGAAGAACAUGAUUAGCAGGGUCCACACAGGGCGAGGCACGCUGCAAGGAGAUCACAGUUCAAACAUGUAGUGUUGACGUGCUUCAGUCGCGGCAGCACACUCAGCCGAGCUAACUACCACGGUCGAGGCAAGUCUACAUUGAAUAUUUGCUGCGCGAGCACAUCGCCUAGCGGCGUGCUUCGCUCAGUAGACCAUGCUAUUAACAUGCCCCACAAGUCCCACAACUGCACUAGCAAAGCUGUAGCAGAUGUACGUCAGGGUGUCACGAAGUACUUACCUCCAACCAAUAUAAUAUUCUUUUUACCACACUAACUGGUCAAGGCUCUCUUUGUACUUCUAAAACGAAUGACAAAGUUGAAAGUGUGCAAAGUAAUUUCAUACAAAUUUUAACUUCAUGCCUAAAGCUGGCUGGUAGAAUUGACAUAUUAUAUAAUUAUAAAAUAAAUUGAAGGAUCUCGUUGGAGUGGUGAAAAAUCGAUAGGCAUUAAAAAAUAGUGUAC